UCCGCCCCCCGGCGCCGCCGCUGCCCCGCGGGGAAGUUGCGCUCCUUGCCUCGCUUUCCCGCUCGCUCCCUCGGCGGCGGCUCCUUCCUCCCCCUCCCUCCAAUGCGCCUCCCGCUCAUUUCCUCUUUUCCUCCCCGCUCGCCGCCGCUCCGCAGGCGUGCGGCUCGCCCGGGCUCCGCCGCGGAGUUGUAGCUGCCGGGAGGCCGCCGCGGGACCGCUCCGCAGCCGGGCAAUUGAGCUCUGUGGACUUUUCCUGAAGAGGUUCCAAGAUAGGUGCAUUUGAGCCAGGCUCUGGGCAAGGAUGGGGAAGCAGAACAGCAAGCUGCGCCCUGAAGUGCUGCAGGACCUGCGCGAGAACACCGAGUUCACGGACCAUGAGCUGCAGGAGUGGUACAAGGGCUUCCUAAAAGAUUGCCCAACAGGCCAUUUGACUGUGGAGGAGUUCAAAAAAAUCUACGCCAAUUUUUUCCCUUACGGCGACGCAUCGAAGUUCGCUGAGCACGUGUUCCGCACCUUCGACACCAACGGCGACGGGACCAUCGACUUCAGGGAAUUCAUCAUCGCGCUGAGCGUCACCUCGCGGGGCAAGCUGGAGCAGAAGCUCAAGUGGGCCUUCAGCAUGUACGACCUGGAUGGCAACGGGUACAUCAGCCGCGGUGAAAUGCUGGAAAUAGUGCAGGCCAUCUACAAAAUGGUUUCAUCAGUAAUGAAAAUGCCAGAAGAUGAAUCCACUCCAGAGAAGCGAACAGACAAGAUCUUCAGACAGAUGGACACAAACAAUGACGGCAAGCUGUCCCUGGAGGAGUUCAUCAAAGGUGCCAAGAGCGAUCCCUCCAUCGUGCGGUUGUUACAGUGCGACCCCAGCAGCGCGAGCCAAUUCUGAUGAGAGCGGACAGUUUGCAAGGAGAAUCUCAGCUUGUCUUACAAGCUUUGCUCGCAAAUGGAUGCCUUCUCAAUCAUUCCUCAACAGUUAGUGGAUAAGAUACCAUUGCCAGAUUGUGUGUGUCCGAGUGAAACAGCCCUCGCCCCUCACUAACACCAGUGCAGCUCUCCUUCGGCAGCUCCAUUUCUGCUUUCCCGUAAUGUUUUGAUUCACUCUGCACGCCUAAGGGUAACUGAAAGGUGUUUACAUGCAGAUGCAAAGAGCUGAAUCUCUGCUGGGGUGUCCCGUUCACUUCAGCAGCAGGGAAGGGGAUGCCCCAUAGGCUUGGGAGGACGCUAGGUAGGACUUUGGCCCAACGUAGCAGGUGGCAGGUAACUUAUUUCGCUUCAGAAGUGACUAUGUGAGAAAAAACAUGUGGACUGAACAGAGUAGAAAGCUCAAAUUAAAAAUCAAAAACAAAGAAAAAAAAUAGUAAAAAACAAAACAAAAAACAAAAAAGCAGCUUUCCUGGGCAUGGUUCCAGUUUUCUUUUUGAGGAAAAUUGCUUGCACUUAUCUAAUGGUCUUUACUUUCUUUUAAUAUAUAUAUAAAUUAUAUAUAUAUGGUGAAGUAAAAUUUUAAAUAUGUAGGUCAUCUAUUUAAGGCAUAAAAUAGACUCCAGCUUUGUUUCUUCUAGUUGUCCGUGAUUUAUUCCGAUCUUGGAGAUGAUUGUUGGUUUUGUUUUUGUUUUUUUUUUUGUGGUAUUUAUGCAUUAGCAAAUUGCUGUUCCAAAAGAAAUGCAUGAGUAGCAGUUUGUGGGUAAUUUCACUCUGUUUAAUUCCCGAAUGCAAAUAUUUGUUCAUUUUUACUGUCGAUCGUUCCGGCGUUACUGUAUUAACGGGAGGCCCGAAAGGAGCAAAUCCUCAUUUUGUAUUUCUCAGUGAAGUCCUACGUUCUGGUGGUCGCUGCGUCAAGUGGCUUCGAGUGACCUGAGGUGACGUGAGUCGCACCGCUGUCCUCCACCUCGCUGCACCUCUCCCCUUGCUGUCGAUACGUUAAUAGUCUCGUGCAUUCCAGUGUUAUUUAAUAUCUGCCUAAUGCCAAGAAAUAUUCAUUGAAAUAAAAGACUACUUUUCUUGUCCA